AUGGAGGCCACUUGGGACAGCUCUCUGGAGAGCCCCUUACACUCCGUCCGCUCCCCACUCCACUCCGCCCUGUGUGGCUCCACCCCCUCUCCUGAUUCGCUGCUCUCCUCCUCCUCACCCGUGCUCCGGAGCCCCGCCUUCUCCUUUGACUCCUCCUCCCUGGUGCGGCGCUCCCACGAGGAUGGCGGCACGGCUUCGCCCGCGCCCAAGGGCCGCUACCGGCAGCUCACCAACACCACGUCCCAGGAGCCGCUGGUGCCCACGCCCUCCAGCUCGCCCUCCCGGUCGUGCCCGAGCUCCGACGGGUCGCCCAUCUAUCUGCGGCGGGGACGGCGCCCCGAGAGCGAAGUGUUGGUGUCUGAUGACAGUCGAGACAUCAGUCCCCCAGACCCUGGCAGCCCCACCGUUAUAUUCGACAAGAAGACCAAGAGGAGGUUCCUGGAUCUUGGGGUGACGCUGCGACGCUCGUAUGUUCGUGUGAAGAAGGACAAGUCCAACAGGCUCUCCAUGGGAAGCCGGUGGGUCCACUGUGGCACGUCCACACUGCAAACGAUUGCCAUAACAAUAACCGCUAUAAUGGAGCCCUCUGAGAGCCCGUCACGGAGUUCGGGCUCCUUCGUCCCGUUCUCCUGGUUCACCGAGAGCAACCGAGGCUCCGCCUCCUCAGGCAGUAACCCCUCCUGCUCCCCAAAGCUGGCCUCCCACAACUCCAGCCCCCGCAAGUCCAACUCGCAGGAGUCGGCGCUCAGCGAUGAGUUCUCCCCAAGAAGCCCCGUUGCCUCCAGCGACUCAGUGGCCGAGACACGCUCCUCGCACCCCUACCAGACUCUCUCCCAGUCCUCAGACGAGCAUGCUGAUGAGCCUCUGUGUCUGGUGUCGUCGUGGAGCACGCAGCAGGUGUGUCAGUGGCUCCGGGGCCUCAACAUGGAGCAGUAUGUCCCAGAGUUCACGGCCAACGACAUCGACGGCGAGCAGCUGCUGCAGAUGGACAGCACCAAGCUCAAGACCCUGGGCGUGGUGAACUCGUCGGACCGCAACGCUCUGAAGCGGCGGAUCAGAGACAUCCACGCGGCGGCGGAGAAGGAGCGCAAGGCUCUGGGCAAGCUGGAGCGCCAGCGAGAGAAGCAGCGCAAGAGAGACCAGGAGCAGCGCAAGAGCUAGACCCCCCCCCCCACCCAUCCCUUCACACACUCAU